AUGACUUUUCAUCAAGGCUACAUUUGUGAGGUGCUAGUUUUCUUGGUUAGUAGCUGUGAUCGGUACGGCGUCCAUUCGACGAUCAGCAAUGGAUCAUGUAUAUUCGUGCCAUUCUUAGGUAUAUCUAAGGAGGCGUCUGGCGACAGACGUUGUCUUCCCUUCUUCUUUGCUGCUACUCCUCCAAGCGCCAGCCAUCGCCCAACGGCUGGCUGCGAGUACAGUGCCAUGCAGCGUUUGGAAUGGCGGGGCGUCUCGCAGAAGUCCUGGGUACCGUUAGUUUUGUUGGUCCUGUUUCUAGGAGGGAUCACCGAGUCGGUUGGUCAGACGGCGUCUCCGCGGCGGACGGCGCGGCCGGCUAGGCCCCCGCCGUCUCCUUCGCCGCCUCCGCCGCCUCCGCUAACUUUGAGCGCCAUAGGUUCAUUUGCGGCCCUUGAAGCUCCAUUCUGCUCAAUGGCCCCCUUGGUAACUCGGGAUCCACAUGGCGCAGAGCUCAACCUGACCUUGCCAGACUUGGACGGAAGCACCUUCCCCACCGCUUUCAGCUUUCCAGGGUCGUUCGAGAAUCACAACUGCAGCUGCCCAGCCUCGCCGUACAACCUUUUUUGGGGUGCAGAUGCCCAGCUGGAAAACCGUAGCGAGCGCCAAACUCCCUACAGGGCAACACGGAGGUUCUAUCCGUUCAGGAUGUACAUGGCCGCUGGACUCCCAACCCCUACUGAACCGCCCACGUCCCUGGUCAUCCAGAUAGAUCCAGAACGGGCUCUCUGCUAUGAUGUCAACCUUGCAUCUUACACCAGCCCAGGCAACGCGGGCCAUGCGUUCAAGGGCGAGCUGUGGUUCAGGCCAGAUCACGCACGGGUCGGCGACAGCACCUUAGGAAUCCCAGUUUCGGCGUACCUGGGCUACUCUGUCUCCUCUGACAUGUUGGAGCUUACGCUGGAUCUGUUUGAGCUCCGAAGCCGGUUGGCGGAGGCGACGGUGUCGGCGGCGGGCAAUCCCCGGAGUACGGGAGAUCCCCUGGCUCGGGGCGUCUUCCUGCUCGGUCGUUGCGGCAACUAUAAUUUGCGCCGCAUCUGCACUGGCGAGCCCAUGCCAGGUAGCACUAUCACGACGUGCCUGGCCGCAUUCACUUCCACGCGCUCGCCGCCUCCACCGCGAGCUGUACUUCGGCCAUUGCCACCACCACCCAUGAAGCAGCUGCGCCCCUUGGCACCCGCGGAAUUGGAGGUCGGCUUCAGUGGCGGCGAGUCAACGCGCAUGUGGCCAACCGUCUUCGAAGAUAUUCCGCCGUCGCCACCUCGACGAAUCGUAAGGUCUCCUCCACGGUCCGCGGGUAGCGGUAGCGUUGAGGAUAUCGAGUGUUCGGUCGAUGGGGGUGGCACAAUUACGACGGACAACGAGCAAUUCCCGUUUGGGGAUUUCAAGAGUAGCGUCUGUGGGUGCAGCGCUUCGCCGUACGGCAUUCGUUUUGGACCUGAGAUUACCUACAGGGGCAUGACUUACUACAGUUUCCGCCUUUACAGAAAGAGUUGUGACACGAGCCUCUUCGCAGAGGACGCUCCCGUCUGCAGUACGAUUAAUACGACCAUAAACAAGAUUGCCUUCCGGUACGAGGCGGCAGCGGCACAAUGCUUCGAUAUGGCAUUGCCGACCGUGGAUUUCGGAUUAAAUUGGAGGGGUGUGCGCUUCUGGCCAGACUCGGAGCCUAUCCUGCCCACGUCCUCCUGGCUUUCGGCCCGCAUCGGCUACUCGUAUGACCUCAAUCACAUCGAGCUCUUCAUCUACGGGCUGAAGAGAGCCUACACCGACGGCACUUUCCUGAUCACUAAGUGCGCGGCGCUGGGUUCCUUCAGCAACGUGUGCAAAGAUACGUCUGAGGGCAAUUGCGUUUUCGCGUUUGUUGACACUCCCGGACACCGGUUCGUAACCAUUUGCAAGGCCCAGGGGCUGCCCGCAAUCUAAAUACUUUCGCGCCU